AUGGAUUUAUUACUUGUUUUUUACUUUUUAUGUGGUAUCGCCAGUUUCUCAUUAGCAUUUUUUAUUAAUAACAAAAAAUACAAUAAUUAUAAUAAUAGCAAUCCACAAACAAAUCCAUAUACUCCAUCGACAGUUCAAUCAAAAUCCUCUUCAUCAGCACCAUCAGCAUCAGCAUCUGCCUCUGCCCCUGCACCAUCUGCCCCUGCACCUGCCUCUGCACCAUCUGCCUCUGUAUCUGCAUCAUCAGCAUUAGCAUCAGUAUCAUCAGUAUCUGCACCAUCAGCAUCGGCAUCAGUAUCGGCAUCAUCUGCAUAUGCACCUUCUGCCCCAUCAGUAUCAGCAUCAUCAGUAUCAGCUCCUUCUGCUCCUUCUGCACCAUCAGUAUCUGCACCAGCUGCACCAUCAGUAUCUUCUCCAUCUGCACCAUCAGUAUCUACACCAUCUGCACCAGCAUCUGCAUCUGUAUCGUCUGCACCAUCACCAUUAUCAAGAACCAAGAAAAUUAGAAAGCCAGUAUCUAGAAAUAGUUUUGCAGGUGCAUCCACAUCAACUGGCUAUAGUCCAAUGAAGAAAAGACCAUUGGAAUUAGAUAAUGAAAUUAAUUGUGAUGGAACAAUUUUAAAAAAACAUAAACUCGAAGAUGAACAGAGUUUAUAUAGAGACAAUCAAAUAUUAUUUGAAAUGGAAAGAUUAAGAGCAGAGAGAGAAAGAGAUGAAAAAAUAAAAUUAGACCAAAUUAAAAGAGCAAGAGAAAUAGAAAGAAUAUCAAGAAUUUACAGAGAAAAGGAAGAAACUGAAAGAAUUCAAUUAAAUCAAAUAAUUCAAAGAGAACAAGAAAUAAAAGAGGAAUAUGAAAAAAGAAAAUUAGAGAGAAUUCAGAAAGAAUUAGAACAAGAAAGAGAAGAAAAAGAAAGAAAUGAACAAUUUAAAUUAAAAUGCAUCCAAAGAAAAUUAAGAAGAGAUGCAACAGCAGAUAUUCAAAGAGAAAAAGAAGAAAGAAAAAGAUUAAAGAGAAUUCAAAAAGAAAUAGAACAUGAAAAAAGAAGAUUAGAACAAAAAAGAUUGGAAAGGGCCCGUUUAGAAAGGGAUGACAAAUGUACAAUUUGUAUGAACGAAAUUGAGACCAGCGAACUCGCUUCUAUUGCAUGCGUUCAUAGAUUCUGUUAUGUUUGUAUCGAAGAAUGGUCCAAAAGCUACCGUACCUGCCCAAACUGUAGAUUACCAUUUAACAACAUCACAAACUCGGUGAAGACUAAAUUAUUAAUAAAAUCGUUUCUUUCAAUUAUUGAAUUCGAUGGAAUUAAGAAAAGUCAUCCACAUCAUCCAAGAAUCAACCAUCUUUAUCAACAUUCGUAA